AAAAACCCCAUCUUAAAACCCUCAUUCUUCUUGCACCUUAUCAGAAUUCCCCCCCAAGCAAAGAACUCAUCUUGCAAUCCUAACAAUGCCUGUUAUUAUCUCCCACGACCUCACUUUUUCAUCCAACAAGUUUCCCUUUUCAAGUUCUAACUGCAACUUCCAGUUUAUGUUUUUUAAACAAUCCCUCCAUUUUCCACCAUCUCUUCAUGUAAGAUGUGCGAAGAAAGCCAAACGGACCGGAAAACUGAGGUACCCAUCCGAGAGAAAGAAGUUGAGACUUCAACAACACACCCAAAUUGAUGCGACAAGAAAAUUAGAAGGUGUUUGGAGGCUUUCAAGGCUGGGAGUGUGCGUACACGAAGACCCUGGAAAAGACUUCUGGGGUGUUUCUGAGGCUCUGCUUAAAGAGAUUGCCAGAGUUCUUGAAUUCCCGGUCGCAUCAAUGUUGCCACCGGAGGCGUUCACUGUGGUCAGGAAAUCAUUUGAUGCAAGAAAGUUGCAGAAGGAGCCAAAGUUUGUAUAUACUGUGGAUAUGGAUGUUCGCAAACUCCUAAGCCUUGAGCCUCGUACCUGGGAGUUCAUUUCUGAGUUGGAUCAAAAAGCUGGGUUUAUAGAGUUUCUGCAUCACGACAGCAUUUCUGGUGAUCUGAUGAGUACAAUCCGUAAUCACCGGAAGAUAGAUGAUACUGCAUCUGUUAGAGAAGAAGUUCACAGCAAUCAUGUCAUCAGAGGUUACAAGUUCCCUGCAACCAGAAGACCCAAAGUAGUAGUUGUUGGUAGUGGCCCCUCAGGAUUGUUUGCUUCUCUUGUGCUUGCUGAAGUUGGUGCUGAAGUUACACUAAUAGAAAGAGGGCAAGCAGUUGAACAAAGAGGACGUGAUAUUGGUGCUUUGGUAGUCCGUCGGAUAUUACAAUUGGAAAGCAAUUUUUGCUUUGGGGAGGGUGGUGCAGGUACUUGGAGUGAUGGGAAGCUGGUAACAAGAAUUGGAAGAAAUAACAGUAGUGUUUUAACAGUUAUGAAGACAUUAGUUCAUUUUGGAGCUCCAUGUAGUAUAUUGGUUGAUGGAAAACCUCAUCUGGGAACUGACAGAUUGGUUCCACUACUCCGGAACUUUCGUGGAUACUUGCAAGAAUUGGGUGUGACUAUCAGAUUUGGGACAAGGGUAGAUGAUCUGUUGGUGAAGGGUGAGCAUAUUGUAGGUGUUAAAAUUUCUGAUUCAAGAGACUUGUCAGAUGCUUGUUGCCAGAAGUUGGGAUGUGAUGCUGUGGUUCUUGCAGUGGGGCACUCUGCACGGGACACUUAUCACAUGCUUCUUUCUCAUAAUGUGGACGUGGUUCGAAAAGAUUUUGCUGUUGGCCUGCGAAUAGAACAUCCCCAAGAAUUGAUAAACAAUAUACAGUAUUCUGGGUUAGCCAGCGAGGUUCAGAGUGGGCGUGGGAAAGUACCAGUAGCUGAUUACCAGGUCGCUGAGUACGUCAAUCUAAGAGAUGCGGAUACACUGUCAAAUUCAGAUUUGACAAGUCGUAGUUGUUACUCCUUUUGCAUGUGUCCGGGAGGCCAGGUGGUUCUCACCAGCACAGAUCCAUCAGAACUUUGUAUUAAUGGCAUGUCUUUUUCUCGGCGUUCAUCCAGGUGGGCUAAUGCAGCACUUGUAGUGACUGUGUCUUCAAAGGAUUUUGAUGCUCUAAAUCUCAGUGGGCCUCUAGCCGGGGUUGAAUUUCAGAGAACAUUUGAACGAAAAGCAGCUCUCAUGGGUGGUGGAAACUUUGUCGUUCCUGUACAAACAGCUACUGAUUUUCUUGAGAACAGAUUGUCUGUAACAUCUGUACCGCCCUCCAGCUACCGCUUAGGUGUAAAGGCCGCAAAUCUUCACAAACUAUUUCCUGUUCGUGUUACUGAAGCUUUGCAGCACGCAGUUUCAAUGUUCGACAAGGAGUUGCCGGGAUUUGUCUCCAACAAUGCCCUUCUUCACGGAGUCGAGACGAGGACUAGUUCUCCCGUCCACAUCACCCGGAGAAGCGAUACAUGGGAGAGCACCAACUUGAAAGGGCUCUAUCCCAUCGGGGAAGGAGCGGGCUAUGCCGGUGGAAUAGUGAGUGCUGCCGUGGAUGGAAUGCAUGCCGGCUUUGCCAUUGCUCGGAAUCUUGGUCUCUACGACGGCAGCAUUGAUUCAAUUCUGGGUAAGCCUCAGAAUGUUGGAGUUGUCAAAUAUUAAGGUUGUUCUUCACUUUGGUCCGAAGGUGAGUUACAUAUGAUGUGUAGGAAUUAAUCUUUUCAUCAAUUAUCAGGGAAUGUAAAUUGUAUGGUAUGUUUUUAUGUCUGGUAAGUUUUUUGUCAGAAAUUAUUGUAAUUGCUUUAUAUCUAUCUCUUAUGGAAUUGAAAUUGCCUUUA